GGUAAAAAGCAGAGAGUGAGUUAUCAGUGUUAGUAGUGAACGCCCCCGCUCUAGAAGUUGUGCGAAGGAGUCCCAAUCAUCAGGCGGAAAAGGACAUCAAUUUACGAAUUUCAGAGAGCCUACGGUGAUAACGUCACUGGGGCAGGGCCACCAGAGGGCAAUGUCUGACUCCAGCAACAGUGCCAAUGGCAACAACUGGACCAUCAUAACACCAGAGGCACCUGUUGCUGAGAACAUUGGUCCAGGAUCAGAGGUGGACCCCCCGGACCAAUUCCACCCUGGUAGCCCAGCAGAGGCCUCUUCAACUGGGCUACCUGAGUCUGCCCCUUCCCCCUCACAGCAGGUAGAACCAGCGGCCCUGUCGGAAGAACAGCCAGAGCUGCUUCUCUCAGCAGCAUCAGCAGCAACAGCAUCAGCAGAGCCUGAACAUGAACAUGGGGGAGCCAGCCAACCAGUCGAGGAAGAAACGGUGAGUGAGGAACCGUCCCUGGAUGGCUUUGACAACAACGGCCACAAUGAUGACUCCACCCCCAGCGUGGAACCACUCAGUUCGGUGGCCGAGGGACAGGAGUCCACCCCCACCACUACCACCACCACCCUCGAGGAGCACCACGUGGUGUACGACGGCGGCUACUCCGAGAGUCACACACAUCCCAGCAACGACCCCGAUCUGUUCUCCGAUUCCUACACGCAUAUGAGCUCCACCCCUGACGCCAUACACACCUUAGAGGAAGAGGAGGGACAUCAGCAGGAAGAGGAGGGGUCUGAUCUGGGGAGAUCGGGCACUGAGGAAGUACCACUGACAGCAGACAGUCAGAGGCGCUCGGGGGUGGAGGAGGAAGAGAGUGACGGAGACGGGCUGAGGAGAAGAAAGGUGUCUCAGCUGGGCUCCCUGGAUCAAGAUGGUAGAGGCAGGGAGGAAGAGGAGGAGGAGGAAGAGGAGGGUGCGGAGGAGGAGUUCCGCCCGCCGCCACCCGCCAGGGAUGAAGAGAUAGGCCUGUCCCUCAACAAGUGCAUCCUGGGAGCCAUUCUCCUGCUGGGGCUGGGGACCAUUUUCCUCUCUGGUGUGUUCAUGGAUCUGGAUGAUGAAGGGGAUGAUGUGAAGGACUUGAAAGAUAGAGACCUUGCUCAGGAGUGGUUGAAGAGUGGGGGUGCCGUGAAGUCCCCUGGAAUUCCCGUCAAUGAAAAUGAACAGAUAGCAGUACUACAGGCCCAGUUACAGGCCCAGAAGGAGGCUCUGGAGUCGGCCGAGCAGCUGGCCAAGGAAGGGGUGUUGGAGCGGACCAAGCGUGAGGAGCUGGAGCAGGAGUUCUUGAGAGUGAAGGGGGAACUGGAGGCACGUCCUGGCGCCUCCUCCUCCUCCUCUUCCUCCCUCCAUCAGAAGGAGCAGGAGAAGGAGCAGGAGAAGUCCAAGCACGACCUGGAGAACAUGGAGGCCAUUCAGAAGGAGCCUGGUGCUCUCAAGGCCCAGAGGGGAGCUGCACCCUCUGCUGGCAAACUAGCAGAACAGCAAGAGCCGCAGAUGAAGGGGGACAGGAAAGCUGCGAAGGAGAAGAAGAAACAUCAAGAAAAGGAGAAGGAGAAAGUAGAGAAGGAGAAAAAGAAGGAGAAGGAGAAGGAGAAAGUAGAGAAGGAGAAAAAGAGAGAAUGGAAAGGAGAGAAGGAAUGGAAGGAGGAGAAAGAGUGGAAGAAAGACAAAGACGCCAGAAAAGAAGGUGAGAGAAAAGAAGGGAAAGACAAGAGGAAGAAGGGUGAUAUGGAGGAAAGCAAGGACAGAUCCAGCAAGAAAGAGUGGAAAGAAGAGAAAAAAUAUAAGAAGGACAAGAAAGUUUGGGAAGAAGAGGGAGAGAAGAAGCCCGGAAAGAAGGAGUGGAAAGAGGACAAAAAGUGGAAGAGAGACAAGAGUGCGGAUGGACACAGGGAUGGAGAGAGAAAAGAGUGGAGAGAAAGGGAAGAGAAAAAAGGUAAAAGGGGAAGUGAAGAACAAGAGUGGAAGCACAGAGAUGAAGAUAGGCCAUGGAAGGACGAGAAGAAGCGGAAAGGAGACAGAGUGAUCGACGGGAAAGAGUGGAAGAAGAAAAAAGAGUCGAGAGACCGAGAAGAGUGGAGUGAAGAAGACUCUGACUGGAGACACAGAAAGGAAGACGGCAAGAAGAGGAAGGGCAAAGAAUGGAGGGAGCCUGAGGAGGAGAGGAGAUGGAAGGAGGGGAAAGAAGAACACAAGGUUAGAAAGGAAUGGAAAGAAAAGAAGUAUGAGCGAAAACAGUCAGACGGUGGCAGAGACGAGGAGAGGCCCAGACAUGAAGAACGUGAGGAGGAAUGGCAGGACCGUGGCAGAGAACGCAAGUGGCACAAGAAACACAAGAACGAGCGACACAAAGACGAAAAGAAAUCAGAAAAACACCAUGAUGAGAAGAAACACCGUGAUGAGGAGAAAGACAGGAAGUACGGCAAGAAGGACGAAGCAUCCUCCCAUCUAGAUCAUGAAGAUGACCAUCACCAUCAACACAAGGAGAACCACCUACACGGGGACUACUGGAGCCAGCAACGACAGAGGAUCCAGCACUCCCGCAGCGGCUCACCUGCAGCGACAGCUGAAUGCUCCGACGCGGCAUCCUGCGCCCGGGCCCAGGGGCUUGUGCCCGUCUCCUUGGCCGACUUCGAGGCCCUGCUGCUGGCCUAUGUCAACCGGCUGGAGGGCUCCACCGAGGACCAGGCCACCAGGAAACAGGAGCUGGGCAGGCUGGUGAAGGAGUUCUUCGCCGAAGAGGGCGGCGUGUUCGCCCACCACCAGAUGCCCUUCAGCGAGUUCGUGGAGGACGUGGCGGACAUUCUGGAGGACCUGGCAGAGGAGGAGGACAACCGGGAGGUGGAGGAGGAGAUGGAGGGCUUUGAGAAGGAGGCGCUGGAGAAGUUCGCCCUGCCGGCGGAGGCAGAAGCGAAGAAAGGUGGAGGUGUCGACGAGACACAGACAACCAGUGGCAGAGUAAGAGGUUGAUGUGGUGAAAGAUCUGUGUUGUUUAUUUUUUGCCCUCAAAGGUGCCUUUGAAGCUACGUUCACACACAACGCUGCUAGUUACUAGCUUCUCGCUCGCUCGCCUACUCGCCACUCUCUCAUGGAUCAUUCGCUAAACGUUCCCACUGCCAAUGCACAGGAGGGAAGUACCGAACUCUGCAUUAAAAUUGGUUAUUCGCUUACUCGCCUCGCUCAAAGUUAAAAUAUUUUCAACUUGGGAUCCGCCCACAUUGCAUUGGAACACAUAAACAUUCUAGUGACUUAAUUUGCUGAGCGAGUAACUAGCAGCGACGUGUGUGAACGUAGCUUAAGGCAGCGUGCCUGCCAGGCACCCCACCAAACAUGGCUUAGAGUUCGGUUUAGGGUUAAGGAUGAGGUUAGGCAUUGUGAGGGUAAGGUUUAGGGUCAAGGAAAAGUUAGGGACUUCAAAGCACCGCUGCCUGGAAGGAGCCACUGGGGGCAAAGAAAGAACAGCAUUGAGCGAAAUUUUCAAGAAAGGGAGAACAUGAUAAGAGGAAGAAUAGGAAUUGGAAGAAAUGUUAGAGAAAUAUUACCGUGAUGUAGAAGUGAGCAGCAACUGGGUGGCUCUUAUUCCUACAUACAUACUGUAAUGUAACACUGUUGGUUGAUAAGCCAAGCUUCCUCAUUCUUAAAAAAAAAACAGCUUUCUACGUCUUUACCAUCUCUGUGUUGAAAACGUACACAAAAUUAUAUGCACCACCACUGGUGCGGAUUCUGCAGGUAUGUUCGUCACUGUACAUUGUUACAGAGUAUUGCGUCACGCAGCUGGGGGAGGGGAAACGCCACAGAGACUUUUAUCCAAGUAGAAAAUAUCACAUGGGCUGGACUGUUAUUGCACUUAAUGUAAUUUGAACUCACUGUCACUGAAGGUAUUAUUGAAUAUGUAAAUAUGCUAGGAUGGCUUGACUUGUUUAGUUUGUAAACUGUAGCAGGAUUCUUGUUCAGGCCUUUCACAUAGUUGAGCACAACUGCACUAGCUGUGACUGGUCCAGAUUAUUAAUGAGGUACCAAAAGACAAGCCAGGUGAGGGCAGAGAGAAGUGUUUCGGAGGGACUAUAGGCUGUGCCCAAUCCCUCAGACGUAAAGGUAGAAUAUGCGAUUCUAGCUAUUUUCAUAAUCUAUGCUGCCCAUUCACAAAUGUGAUUUCUGCUAAAUACUAUACUAGGUAAUAAACUUGUAAAAUAAACGUACUGGUCUGACCUUAAGUUUUGCAGCCAACUGACUAGUAAUUCCAAAUGCCGGAUAUGGAGAAAAGCCAACUUUUCAUAUUUUAUAGGUGUACAUUUUCAAGACAUAAUAAAUAUUAAGAAAUUGAUCGUGGUGGUGGUCGUGUGAAUGGGCAGCAUCAAUUCUGGAAAUAAGCUACAAAAAAAUCACUAUUACUACUUAACAAUUGCAUACUCUACCUUUAGGAAAAUACAAUCAGUUGGUAUCUUGCUUAAUCUAGAUAGACAUAACGAGAAGUCUAUAUGUCGAAGAAAAGCCUCAAGGCAAGGGAUCUAUACGCAUGUACUGAAAAACAGGAAGAGUGAAAAGGAAAAUUUAAUUUUAGUCAUAUUCUAACCCCACAUCUUCACUUCUUUAAACCAUCUGCUUUUGAGAAGUAACACCCUGUUAAGUGGUAGGGUUCGGUGAUGAUGGGAUGCAAUAAGUUAUGAGGGAUUGAAUCGACCAUGGCAAGAAUUUACCUGACCUAUUUUCUGUUAUUGGUAGGCACUAAAAAAAACUGUAUCUUAAUGUCACUACUGAAUCCAAUUGCAAAAAACAUUAGUGAUACUGAAUAAUAUUCAGCAUUGACAAUUGGUUCAUUGAAACGAUGGCUGUGGUUUGUGAAAUACCAUAUUACUAUGGUUCCAAAUCAUUGUGUGUGUGUGUGUGUGUGUGUGUGUGUGUGUGUGUGUGUGUGUGUGUGUGUGUGUGUGUGUGUGUGUGUGUGUGUGUGUGUGUGUGUGUGUGUAAAGGGGAAGAUGGUUUGACCUGUAGUGAAACCUUAAACAUAGCAAGUGUAGUCUCCUCUGUUUAAAAUAAAAAAGGCCGCUUUCUUAUCUGGGAUCCUUAGAAAAUGUGCAUUCAACCAAGAAACACAUGAUGUCGUAUUUGUGCUACUCUAGUUUUGUUUAUUCUGGUACUGUUUGCACUGCUUCUAUUACUUAAUACAUUUCAAAUGUGCCAUUGCUGCCACUGAACUUCUUGCCAUAAUUUUACAAUCUUGGGUGUUGUUGGGAAUGGUAAACUGUUCUGAAAAUCUAAAAAUUCAAGAUUACAUCAACUUUGAGGGAUCACACUUAUUUACAUUAAAAUAAACUUAAAAGUGAGUGGUUUUUGGUACAGACAUGGUACAGAAGUUGUUUAAAUUAACUGAAUUGUUUAACACAAGGAAUAAUUGUGCACAAUUACUGUUGUUGCUGAAACAAAUGGCAUUUAGGUUAUUUUCUAUUCAUUCUAUGUUAUGUUUAAAUGUUUCUAAAUUAAUUGUGUGGUGAAAAGAAAAACGAAUGCAGAGCAUUGUAAUGUUUUAUAUUGGCACAAAGCUGUUAAGUGGCUCUACUCUAAAAAAUAUUGAUGAAUAAAAGUUUGUGGGGGAAAAUAUUGUCAGUGUAUUAUCUAAUGGUGGUGUAUUAUCUAAUGGUUAAUGCUACAGUGUUUGCCAUUGUGCUCAACGUUGGGUUUUUGAUAAAUAGUCAUUUGAUUACAUCUCAUUUUUCCAAAACUUUGUUCAAACCACAAUGGAGAAAAACAUGAAAUCAGAGAGCAUUUGAAUGUCUGUAACAAACAUGGAUAGCUAUCCAUCUGAACACUGCAUAGCCAUUCAAACAGAAAUGCACACGAGUGACAUUUUGUUUUCACACGGCUUGCAGUCUCUGUAGUAUGCAGCCAAAGUAAGUCUAUUAAAAGACAUCUGCAACGGUCAUGUUAACCCCUACCAUACUACUUCCUUUUGAUAGCUUGGCCUUUCGGUUCCCCCUAUGCCUCUUCACACUUGACUUCUUGAGUUGUUACUGUAAACUUACAGUAUAUUAACUGUGACAUUUGCGGCAACAACUACUUUUCUUUUUAAUGUGACAAUCUGAACCAGAC